GUUAAAAAUAUAGUGUUGUAAUUCUGAAUUUUCUUCGAAAGCACGAAUUUCCCAUUUCAAAUAUCCGUCCCAGUUUUCUUUCUCGAAAACACGUGGGAAUUCAAAAUCCAAACCACAGAGUUCCGCUCAUAAAAACUCCCCAAAACCCCAUACAAAAAUAAACAGAGCAUCCCUCUCCAAACAUUGUAACUCUUUCAAUGCAUUUCCAUCAUUCUAAAGACAAAAAAAAUUUCAAUUGAACGCCGUAUAUACUCGUGCUUAUCUAUUUGAGCUUACGUACGCGCAAUCCAAUCCUUUAGUCACCGCAGACCCGGUAUACCGCGAACAUCGAUAGUCGAUAACAAUAAAUGUUCACGUCGGUGGGAUUUUGUUCAUAAUCAGUUUAUCACAGUGACGCGUUCUGAUAACAUUGUGUUCAAAAAAAAAAACUUUUCCAAAACGCAAUAGGUGUGUAAAAUAGUGUUCUUGGCGUUAACCAUAAAGUAAGGAAAAAAUUGAAUAGCCUUUGUGAAUUUCGCAAUGAGAAAAAUGAUCCUUCCGAGAAAAAAAUGAAGACAUCGGAAACGGGAGCAGUCGUUUCGUUAAUAUUUAUUUUAUCAUCUCAAUGUUCCGCAAUUCUAACCGGAAAUUAUGAACACAUCACCGAUAAUCCGGUGUUUGGUUGUAGAUGGAUAGGUGGAAUCAGUCCAGGAGUUGUUUGUGUGUGUCGGGACGAUGUAGAGGAAAUGUACAUCACAAAAAAAUCCAUCUCGAGUUACGACACCUCCAGCAUCGAAAUCCAAUGCAAAUCGGUGCGUUUCGGUCCCGAAUCCAUUUCCGAAAUGCGUAAUCUCCGCAACAUCAAAUUAAAGUCGAUCCAAACUUUAAAUUUCGACGAACACAGCUUAAAAUGGUACGGAUACCGAGACGUCGAUCACCAUGACGAACCCUACGACAUUAGCACUCCCUCGCUACAAAUCGAAAUCGAAAAUUCGACCAUCGGGACGAUUUCUUCGUACACCUUCGAAGGCCGGAUAAAUAAAAUCCGAUUCGAUGGAGUGACCGUCGAGAAUUUAUCACCGUUCGCUUUUAAUUCCCUCAGACAGACACAAGAAAUCGUUUUACGAAACGUCGAAUUGCAAAACGCACGGGAGCAAGCCUUCAAGAAAUUUUCAACGGAAAAUUUCGAAUUGAAUGGCGUCAAAUCCCCGAUUAUUACUAGUCGUUUCCUCUUCAAUGUCACAGUUUACAACAGUUUCAAAAUCACAAACUGUGAUUUUGACACGGUUCGUCCGGGGGGUUUCAUCGUUUUCAAUCCCCGGAGUUUCCAAGUUACCGACACGAAAAUCAACCACUUGGAUGCCGAAGCCUUUAAAGUGACCACACGAGGGGACAUCCUCUUCCGGAGCAAUACAUUCAAUGUAAUUAACGACGGUGCGUUCCUCGGAAUCGAUCUCAACUCCGACGAAACAGUGCUAGAAGCCACAAUUUCGUUCGACUCCAACGUUUUCACCAAAUUAACUCGUGAUUCUUUGACUGUUAAUGAGAAUUUCCGGUCGAAAUUCUCCAAUUUGUACAUCAACGAAUCCUGCGAUUGCAAAAGCAUCGACCACAACAUCAAAGACACUGAAUUCUACUCGGAAAUCAAGUGUUUGCACGAGAACGAAUUUGUUACCGUCAAGGAAUUUAAAACCAACAAGUGUUCGAUUAUUCAGAGUUACUCCACUGUUAUCGUCAUUGUCGUUGUGGUUUUCACCCUCUGUUUGAUUAUCGGGACUGUGCUCGUAAUGUAUUAUCGUAGAGUGUAUUUGAGUAAGAAAUACGGUAGUGAAAAAGGCACCAAAAAGGGCAAUUUGAGUAUGAUUGUUCCGGAUGGAAGGACUUAUCGAGAAACGGAACUUCAUGUGAUAGUGGAACGAGCUGAUCUCUUGACCACCGAUUUAUAAUAGUCUUUGCACAGUAUUGUUUUUCUUCGACUGAUACUAGCUAGGUUUUUAUUUAAUUUAUUUUAGUAUGAAAUGCUUCAUAAACGUGUAUGUACAUAAAAAUUGUAUAAACAUUGACUCAGUUACCGAUAAUAAAAGCAGUAAACGAG